AUGGCGAACCACGCCGAUUCUAUUCCUCUCUCCACCCAAGAGCACAUCUUCGCGCAGUGGACAGCGGUGCAGGCGGAGCUGGCCGCGUUUACUUCUCCGCAGAUCGGCUUCGUAUCGCACUUCUCCGCCGCCACCGGUCCCGGCAUCGGCGCGUUCGCCACGGCGUCGCUCGACGGCCUCCCGGCCGCCGGGCCGUUCGACUCUGCGUGGGACUACUUUGUCGCCGUGGCCGAAGGUCUCGUCGCCCAGGCCCUCCAGAGACAGAACAGCAGCCGGUUCGCCACGCUCGGCGCGCUUACCAGCAGCGGGCCGUUCCCCUUCAGCCACAUGGACAUGGGUAUGCAGAACGUGCUCGUCGACGACGCCCUCAACUUCGUCGCCGUCAUCGACUGGGAAGAAACGGCCGAGAUCCUGCAGGACCCCGGCCACAUUGCCCACCGCAACGUGGCGCGGCGCAGGUCGCCGCGCGGCUGCUGUUCCCGAGGGCACCACGUCGAGGAUUACAAACUGGCGGGCAAGAUUGAUGUCUUCUGCGGCUUGGAGGAGGAGCUCACGUACGAGAUGGUCCGGCUCGACUUACCGGCAAGGAGGCGGAGCGGCAUGUGCAGAUACUGGCAGAGGAGAUGCAUCGCAUGGUUACCUAGUUGA